GAGCUGUCCAGACCGUGACGCCCUCGUGCAUUGCGCAGGUUUGUGGUGGUUGUAGCAUUCAAAUUUAACGACAAUGGUCAAGGUCCUGUUGUUUGGGCCGGGGGAGAUGCUGAGCACAAUCCAUGCUGAUAAGCCACAGCGUGGGGCUUCUGAAUGAGGCAAAUGGAAGCUUUGACGGCUGUGAUGCAAUAAGGCGUUUGCAAAUCUGUCUUGCCAUUGCCCCCAGCAGCCACAUUGGGAGCAACUCCCACCCAAAGAUCUUCAACUUUGGAAGUCCACUGGCAAGAGACCAAUGACUUUUGGCACUCUCCCAAUUUGUGUUAACACUCAUUUCCACAUCGGCAUGCUGUCUGUGGAGCGGCUUUCUGCUGCAGGAUUUCUUCAAGCGCAAGGCUGCAGAUGAGGCAGUCCGAUCAGGAUUCAGGAUGGCGGCGCUGCGGCGUCAGCUGCAGUGGUGUGUACUCUCCAGCAACAACCCAAGAUGGAGGCCCCAGGCCAGGUGCUUCUCUGGCCAGGCCUUGGAGUAUGCCGAAGCUGUGGAGCACGAUUUUGGGGGCGCUUCGGAGGCCGAGAUCGACAUGAACGGCAGAGGAUGGCGUGCCAAAAACGGAGAAAGAUUGGCGGAGGGUGGCUGGAAAAGAGCUCAAGGAGACACUUCGGAAAUGCAGACGGCAGAGCGAGUUUGGUCUGGGGCCAAACACGAGCGUCCGGCGACCAGCGGGAGAGGAGCCAGGGCUUCAUCUGCAUCCCCCCAGUCAGUUGAAGUGCCAGCAAGCCGGGAACCACAGAAGCGGGGAGCAGGACUGCAAACGGAGAAAGUCUUUGACUGGGAGCCAAUGGCUGGCGUAGGCUUUCGAGGGGUUCGUCCCCGUGGGCUGGGUGUGCGAGACUACCUAGCAAUGAAGAACGAGGUGGAGUGGUUUGAAGACGGCCCCACGUCAAGGUGGGUGUUUCAGGAUGAGGUGGAAAAGGAGAGGAUUCGGGCGUUUAAGCUGACGGGGCAGUUUGUCUUGGGCGGCUGGUCACGGAAACAGGAUGGGGCAAGCUGGCAACUAGACAGGCGAAGGAAAGGGGAGGCAAUUUUGCUCGUGGAGGACAAAGGAGGGGCGGAGGCGAAAAGGAGAGGGCCAGCGGUUGGGCAAUUGGAGGGGAGGGGCAGGGCUGAAGGGGAUAUCAGGGGGAAAGAACGGAAGGUGGAGGGCAGAGACGCGUUUUCAAAGGGGGCUGAGACAGCAGACAGGCGUUCGCAGCAAGGAAGAUUGGUGAGUGAAGAGAGGAGCGGGGUGGUGCCCGCAGGACAGAGGGUGGAUGUAGAAAUGCUCAAGCAACAGGGAAGGCGGGUAGCAGCAGAACCGUUCCGAGAGCGGGAGGUCCGUGCAGAGACUCAGGUCCGGAUUCUGCAUGCCGAGCGCGAAAGCAUCACACCGCCAACGAAGUCGGCUGGCGAUUCGGAGAAGGACCCCAGUUCCGACGAUCAUGUUCAGGCUGGAGCAGAGGCCCUGUUGGACGUUCUGCGGUCCCUGCCGGCCACUGCAGACGUUAGGGCGGAGCUGGCGGCGCGGGUCGAACGGGGCCUUUGUGAGUGGGCGCACCUGGAUCGGGCCUGCCGGAUGCUCGCAAAGGGGUUCCAGGGGGAUCCCCUGGACCGGGAGGUGUUAGUAGCGGGUCUCAGCGUCGCAUGUGGAAUGGAGAUGGAGCGGUCGCGGGUGUCCCGGAAGUCGGCCCUCAUUACCACAGUGACCCGGUACUUGGCUCGGGGGCGCCACUUUGCGCUGGCGCGCGCGGUGCAGGACUGCUGGCCCCCCGAGGAGCCCGCGAGCCGCAUGCGGACGGAACAGGUGCUGACGGCAGAGCUGAUGAAAGCGGGGGCGUUCGACGAGGCGGUGGCGGCGUUCAAGGGGAGUCUGGGCAAAGGUUUGCCGCUGGACGAGGUGCAGUCGGCGGGAAGGGACCUCGUGAGGAGCCUGAUCCAUGCGCGGCAGUUGGAGCUGGCCGUGGGGGCGACCCUGCUAGUGGGCGAGACAGGUAACUACGCGCCGUUUGUAACGACGAUCCAGACGCUCUCGCAGGAGCGCAAGUUUCUCGAGGCGCUAUACCUUCUUGACGUGUACCUGAAAGCCGUGGCGAAGCCCAACGAAAGAAUGCUUGACUCGCUGGUCGCCCAGUACGCGGAGCACGGGUACGAGCAGACGGGGCUCGAGUUUCUGGCCGUCCUUCGCAACGGCGGGGCCAUGCCGCACGGGCGCACCUUCGAAGUCCUCGCCCGGGCAUACCACCGCGCGGGACGCCCGGCCUUUGUUGAAAAAAUUGACGCAGCGCGGCUGAAGGUCGGGGGGAAGCUGCUCGAGCAAGGCCGAGCGCAUCUCGAGGCGGGUGACGUCAGUAAGGCCGGGGAGGCGUUGGCGCAGGUCGUGGCGAUGCUGCCACGUGUCACUGCUGCGGGGCUGCCGUACCGGACUGUACCUGGAGUCGACGUGGCUCUGGAGUCUCUGCUGGUGGCGCAAGCGCGGGCGGGGGACACGGCCGAAGCGUGGCAGGUCAUCCGCUGGCUCGACGCGCGGGGCCGCUGUUACGCCAUCGACACGCCGACGCCGCUCUUCGAGGCGGAGCUGCGCAAAGGGGAGGGUGACGUCAUCCCGCUGAUGGCCGCGUUCGAGGAGCACCGGCGCUUCGUGGUGGGACAGGUGGCGCACGAGGGGCCGCCCACGCGGCUCCACAAGUGCCUGUUCCAGUUUCUUGUCGGGAAGAGGUUGUUGGAUGCCGCGGUGGCGGUGUUUGAGGCGAGUCUAGAAGACAGAGUCACGGUGCGGCUGUCCAACGUGAUCCGGCUCGUCUACAAUCUGAUUGACGUCGGGCAACCGGGGGUAGCGCUGAGAAUUCUCCGAAAGUGCCCCAAGUUGGAGCGCGAACACCCCGGCCUGUUCCACCGGCUGCUGGGAAAAGCGAUUGGGGAGCUGAAAGGGCCGCCCUCUGAAUAGAGCGCGUUUAGGGGGCGCGGCUUUGGAGAGGGCAGGUGCGACCAAGGUUGGUGCGCAGCUUGAUUUUAAGGGGCGAGGCUGUUAAUUAACCCGGGCGGCCAACGUAGUUGCUUUAAGCAAUGAUCGAGGUGCUUUUGGAGACGCUACGCAACCUUUGAAAAGACUGGUGAGGACUAGUUCACGCGAGCAGGGGUCGGUGCAUGGUGUUUGAUCUGCAGUGGCGGGGGGAAGAGGCUGCGGCAGCUGUGGGUACCCGUCGAAGCUUGUGUUGAAAGGUCUGCUUCAAGCGCUGUAAGCGCACAGGCCGCCCCCGCGGACCAUAGCGAGCUUUACCGUAAUUGAGAUAGAGCAAUUGCAAUUGCAAUGGCUGAUUUGAGGCGGAGGACAACAGUUGGCUUUUGCUUAUUGAAAAUGCGUGACUUGAUCAAUCCGAUGUGUUUGUCGGACGGCCACCUAGCUGGGACUGUUAGGCCUGAGAACUCUUUGCUUUGCGGGAAACUGCUGCCAGGCUCAAUCGCUUUUCGUUUGCUCUCUAGCAGGCUGGCUCCAAUCUCGAUUGUAAGGCAUUCAAGAUGAUGAUUGAUUGACUGGAUGAGGGCC